ACCUCCAUGGCAACCGGAGUACACGCGAGUCCUUAGCAACCCAAACAGGAGAGGGCCGAUUCGACGCGGUUGAGUUAUCACCUGCUUUUCACACAGCUUAACUAGUUUAACUUGUAUUAUUCCGUUACUUAAAUUUCGUUUAGUUGGAGAUGUGUACGAAAACGAGAAGCUUUCAACAUUUGAUGAAAGGAGAUCUGAAAACGGAGGGAUUUACGGUGAAAUCCACCAUGAAGAACUCAGUGGUGGUGGGUCCUCCAGCUUGUGGGGCAUUCAAAGAGAGACCUGCUAAACCAACAGCCUUUCGGAAGUUCUACGAGCGUGGAGACUUUCCCAUAGCCUUGGAACAUGACUCUAAAGGCAACCGUAUUGCUUGGAAGGUGGAGAUUGAAAAACUGGACUAUCAUCAUUACCUCCCUCUGUUCUUUGACGGCCUAUGUGAGACAGUUCACCCUUAUGAGUUCUUUGCCCGCCAGGGAAUCCAUGACAUGCUGGAACAUGGUGGCAGUAAGAUCCUCCCUGUUGUCCCACAGCUCAUCAUACCUGCCAAGAAUGCUCUCAACACAAGGAACAGGCAGGUGAUCUGCACCACACUUAAGGUUCUACAGCAUCUGGUUGUAUCAGCGGAGAUGGUAGGUGAGGCGCUGGUCCCGUACUACAGACAGAUCCUUCCCAUCCUGAACAUCUUCAAGAACAUGAACUUAAACUCAGGCGAUGGUAUUGACUACAGUCAACAGAAGAGGGAAAACAUUGGAGACCUGAUCCAGGAGACCCUGGAGGUGUUUGAACGCUACGGGGGAGAAGACGCCUUCAUCAACAUCAAAUACAUGGUGCCCACCUACGAGUCCUGCCUCCUCAAUUAAAAAAUAAAAAAAGAGAAGAGAAUACACACUGACUUACACACGCACACUCAUAAAGCCAUGUAAUCACAUUCACAAUAUUACACAAUUUUAAUUUCAGACUUUAUUAAACUCAUAAUACAGCUGAUUUUCAGUGGAA